GUACAGUAAACAUCAAGUCUUUAAAAGGCAAUUAGAGUUUCAACAACAAAAAUCGAUUGCUUCGUGUGACGAUGUCGCGAGGCAGUACACGAAUGGAUCGAUACGAGAAGUUGUCACGACUCGGUGAAGGAUCAUAUGGCAUUGUAUAUAAAUGUAGGGACAGAGAGACUGGAAAUUUAGUGGCAGUGAAACGUUUCGUGGAGUCAGAAGACGAUCCCGCGAUCAGAAAAAUUGCAUUACGUGAGAUUCGACUUCUGAAGAACUUGAAACAUCCUAACUUGGUGUGCCUGUUAGAAGUUUUCCGAAGAAAACGACGAUUGCAUUUAGUGUUUGAGUUUUGUGAACACACAGUUCUUCAUGAACUUGAAAGGAAUCCUCAGGGUUGCCCGGAUCAUUUAACCGCUCAAAUCACAUAUCAAACACUACUUGGGGUUGCUUAUUGUCACAAGCAAGGAUGCUUACAUCGUGAUAUAAAGCCAGAAAAUAUUCUGCUGACUGCUCAAGGGCAAGUGAAACUUUGCGAUUUUGGUUUUGCGAGAAUGUUAAGUCCUGGAGAAAACUACACAGAUUACGUUGCUACAAGAUGGUAUCGUGCGCCAGAACUUCUCGUUGGUGAUACUUCAUAUUCAACGCCUGUUGAUGUUUGGGCGAUUGGUUGUGUAUUUGCUGAACUGAUACGUGGCGAUGCCCUGUGGGCUGGCCGAUCUGAUGUUGAUCAACUGUAUUUAAUUCGACGAACCUUGGGAGACCUUUUGCCAAAACAUCUUCAAAUCUUCAGUCAAAAUGAAUUUUUCAGAGGAAUUUCUUUGCCUGUUCCCCCAACACUCGAAACCUUAGAAUCAAAGAUGCCUUCAAGGAUACUUCAAAAUCCUUAUGCGAUUGAUUUUCUUAAGAAAUGUCUUGAUAAAGACCCAAAUAAACGUUGGUCAUGUGACCGUCUCACUCAACAUCCCUACUUUGAAGACUUUGUUGUGAAGAACCCAAAAGAGCAAGAAGUGACAGUGAACAUUCCUGAUAGCAGUAGACAACCGAGAGAGAAGUCAAAAAUUUCUCAGACAUCUCUGCCAACAUUGGUACAGCAGGAAAGUCGAGUUCAACAUAAGAACAACACUUACUCACGAGCUGAUUUUAAUCAUCUACCGACGAUAUGAAAUUGCGUCAUCUCUUAAAUCAUUUUCGCAUUCACAACGAAACUUUUGUUGUCAUUUUCAUCUUCUUUGAAAAAUGUUUAUAAAGGAAAUUUUUCUUUCUGAUUAAAACAAUUAAUUUUCAUGUUUCAAAAAGAAAAAAAGUUUUAAUUAGCAUAAUUUCAGUUUCUGUUUAAAGUUUAAAUGUCAAUAUAAAGUUAUGAUUAAAAUGUUUCUUGUAAAUUAUAAAUCUAUGACAGACAGUGAAGUUCAAUGAAUGUUAGCUUAUUAAAAUUGAUUUGAAUUAUCUACCAGAAAUAAAAACUUGAAGACGUAUUCAUCCAACAUCCU